GCUGACACUUCUACUGGUUCUCCCACAAAACCAAAGCCAAGCUAGUUCACCACAUAACUUCCAUAACGACCACAGCCAUGGCUUAUCUGCCCUCUCUAAGCUUAACUACACUUAAACACAAUCCCAAACCUCUACUUUACUCUCCCUUAAAACCCAAUUCACUCGACAAUCUAUGGUUUUUCACAAACCAAUUCAAGGUUCGUCCUAAUAGAUGUAAUGCAUUCUUUGGCGACAUCCCUGGAAAUGUGUUGGAGAACACCCUUCAUUUGGAGCAGUUUCCUCCUUUCCAAUAUGGGAUCAUGGAAUUUCAGAGAGUUACAGAGGACCUAUCAGAGUCACAGAAAUGGGGGUUUCUGGUAUUUGCUGGAAUAACAUGGAUAUACUUAACUGCAAGGCCAGGUAUUCUCUUUGGUGCCAUUGAUUCAUAUCUUCUUGCUCCUCUGCAACUGGCUUUGGAUAGUGUCACUGGAAGGAGAAGAUUGAAGUGGACCGAUUUUGUGAUUGGGGACAAGUUGGGAGAAGGAUCUUUCGGGGUUGUUUAUUCUGGGGCCAUUGUUCCAAAGAACAUGAAUGUUGAAGAGAGGGUGAAGAAUAGUGGAAGGGGAAAAGCUUUGCAAUUGGAUGAGAGGUUUAAGGAGAAGGUUAUCCUGAAGAAGGUGAAGGUGGGAAUGCAAGGGGCUGAAGAAUGUGGCGAAGUCGAGGAGUGGUUCAAUUACAGGAUGUCUAGAGCAGCACCUGAAACAUGUGCUACUUUCCUGGGAAGUUUUGUUGCUGAUAAAACAAGUUCACAGUUCACAAAGGGUGGAAAAUGGCUUGUUUGGAAAUUUGAGGGAAACCGAAAUCUUGCUGAUUACAUGACAGAUCGGAAAUUUCCUUUUAACUUGGAGUCUGUAAUGUUUGGACGUGUCUUGCAAGACGUAGAGUCUGUGAAGCGCAGUGCCUUGGUCAUCAAGCAAAUAAUGCGUCAGAUUAUAACUUCGCUCAAGAAAAUCCAUGACACAGGCAUUGUUCACCGGGAUAUAAAGCCAGCAAAUCUAGUAGUGACAAAAAAGGGAAAGAUCAAGCUCAUAGAUUUUGGGGCAGCCACGGACCUCCGGAUUGGAAAGAACUUUGUUCCAAACCGAGGUAUGCUUGACCCUGAUUUCUGUCCUCCUGAACUGUACGUACUCCCAGGUGAAACACCAGUGCCUCCUCCAGAACCUAUUGCUGCAGUCCUUUCACCGAUUCUUUGGCAGCUUAACAGUCCAGAUCUUUUUGAUAUGUAUUCGGUGGGUAUCAUACUAUUGCAAAUGGCAGUACCAUCCUUAAGGUCUUCAGCAGGCUUGAAGAAUUUCAAUGGGGAGAUAAAAAGAUUUGGAUAUGACCUGAAUAGAUGGAGAGAGUCUACUAGAUUGAGGCCUGACCUGUCACUUCUUGAUCUUGAUUCCGGUAGAGGAUGGGAUUUGGCUACAAAGCUGGUCUCAGAGAGAGGUACCCUACGAAGGGGGAGAUUAUCAGCAGCAGCUGCUCUGAGGCAUCCCUACUUCUUGUUAGCUGGUGACCAGGCAGCUGCAGUUCUUUCGAAAUUAAGUUUCACCAAAUAUUGAGCAGCUUCAACCUAUUUUCCCCUCUCUCCUAUUUUCACAGCAACUCAGAAAUGGAGACCCUCAUGGACAUGCAAUGCUUUGCGCCUGCCGGUAUAUGAUUGUUGCCAUUUUUGCUCCAGGUGACCUAGGAACUCGCUUCCAAUUUACCACUUGAUCGGAUGCAAUUACAAGAGAUUACAGUUUAUUAAAAUGUUUCUGGUACAUAUUAUAUAGGAGAGGAGGUCUAUACACACCCUCAGGAGUCAGGAUCACUCUGUUAAUUCACUUUACAGUGUUCUUUUCCUCUCUUCGUAUCAGAAAGCUCAUUUAUGCCAUGAAGAAAUAAUAGAAUAAUUGAUAUAUUGUGAUCAAACACCAGUAAUACAUCUACAUAAACAUCUAUGAAAUUUGGUUGAACUG